AGUGGUUUCUAAUACCUCACUCUUGUAUCUACAGAAUUCUACUACCAAAACUGAUCUCACCAACCCCUGUUACCCUCGGAAUUAUAGCACCAACUUCACCAUGGGCCAUCUAUUUGACAGCCUGUGCACAGUGGAUGAGAGGCCAGCAAGUUAUAAGCCCGAUGACAUCAUCACUUUUGAAGGAACUGGGGACCCAUCAGUGUGUAGGGAGAAGGUGGCUUCCAUAUUUGACUUCAAAGCUUGCCAUGAACAAGAAGCUUGUUCCUUUGAUAGGGUUUAUCAGCCAAAGGUUAAAGGGCCAUUUGUGGCUUUUGCAGGAUUCUACUACACAGCCAGUGCUUUAAAUCUUUCAGGUAGCUUUUCCCUGGACACCUUCAACUCAAGCACCUGGAAUUUCUGCUCACAGAAUUGGAGUCAGCUCCCUUUCCUGCUCCCCAAAUUUGAUGAGGUGUACGCCCGCUCCUACUGCUUCUCAGCCCACUAUAUCUACCACUUGCUUGUAAAUGGAUACAGAUUCACGGAGGAGACCUGGCCCCACAUACAUUUUAAGAAAGAAGUGGGGAACAGCAGCAUAGGCUGGUCUCUCGGCUACAUGCUCAGCCUGACCAACCAGAUCCCAGCUGAAAGCCCGCUGAUCCGCCUGCCCAUACAGCCGCCCAUCUUUGUGGGCACCCUUGCCUUCUUCGCAGCGGCGACCUUGCUGUGUCUGGCGUUUCUUGUGUACCUGUGUUCAGUGUACAGGAAAAAGAGGCACUCUGAACAUGCCUUUGACCAUGCUGUGGAUUCUGAGUGAGCCUUCAAAGCAGCUCCUGGAGCCCUAGGGCUGCCUAGAACCAGCCUGGGUCUCACCAGACAAUGCAAGCUAAGUGGCUGCCUUCCAGAAACACAACUUAAGUCAAAUACCUAGGUCAUGUGCCUCUCAGAUAUUGAUUUUUGACAAAGCACCUCUUCGGCAGUCCCUGUGCACAUUGCUCCUUUUUUCCAUUGUCAUCGUGGUGUGUAUAUUUUGCCUACCAUACCGCAGGUAUACUUAAUGCCAUCAUAAGACAUUCAAUUCUGUGAUUGCUUACCAAUUACUUUCCCAGAUUAUAUGUCAUUAUAUAUCAUCAUAAGACUUUCUAUUCUGUGAUUUGCUUACCAAUUACUUUCCCAGAUUAUAGAUCUCUCUGCAUAGGUCUUGACUUUGGGGAAACAAAAGGAAGCUACAGGAAUAUUUACCUCCAAAGUGGGAUGAGAAAGAACUCCAGCAAGUACAAUGGCUACAGAUUAAGAAUCUACAUUAUUUCAUAUUGCUGUUUGUUAGCUGAAUAUGGAAUAAAAAAAAAAACUUAUUUUGACUUGCAA